AAUAGAGUCCUAAAGUGUGACGUCACGUUGCCAUGACAGCAUUUUUUUCUGGUCUAAACAGUUUAAACUCAUACUUCAAACAUGGCGUCUUUAUCGAUAUGCUCACUCGUUUCUUUCUUUUCUGGAGAGCGGAAAUCGCUUGAUCGCGGAGAAAACCACUUCAAAUCCGACCAUGUCCAAAGCUUUAUUUAUUCCAGGGGAGUCAUCAAAGGUGAAGUCCAAGCAAGCAUGAAAAAUAAGGACUACAAAGUCACAAUUUAUCUCGAUGAAAACCUUGAAAUAAAAAACACAGAAUGCGAGUGUCCUCGCGGCGAGUUCAAGUGCAGUCACGCGGCAGCCAUAUUUAUUUAUGGCAUCCAUAACCUUAGCAGGACGGACCUGGAAUGCCAAUGGAAACGAAAGCGAAAGGCAGAAAGCGUACAGUCUGCAAGCCAGAUGUUUCCAGCGCCACCGAAGAAGAAGGAUUACAGCCCUUUGGCGCGCGAUCCUAGCCGAGAAGAUCGGAUGUGGCUGUACAGCGAACUAAAGCGCUAUGGCAAAUUUACAGGGACCUGCUGGAUCUUGAGUCCCGAACCACAACCUGCUACCCCUCUCCCGAUCAAGACGAUUGAGGAUAUCAUUUACUCAGAAGGUUUCCUUAUGGCAUCUACGAAGGAAAAACAAUUAGAGUACUUGAUUGAGAAUGCCAAAGUAGAGGAGAGAACCAUAAAUGUUGUGAGCACCCUCACGGCUGGCCAGCGAAACAGCCCUGCAUGGCACCAAGCUCGUAGAGGCCGCCUGACUGCCAGUAAUUUUGGCUCCGUCCUCCAGGCAAAAAGAGUUACACCGUCUCUUAUCAAGCGACUACUUGGGGAAUACAACUUGAGUGGAGUUAAAGCAAUUGCAUGGGGACAGGACAAUGAGACUGAGGCCCUGAAAUCCUUCACCAACAUCACAAACUUUACACCUGUACAGACCGGCCUUUGGCUACACGAGUCGGGAGUUCUGGGUGCUUCCCCUGAUGGACUUGUGGGAGACGACUCGGUGAUUGAGUGUAAGUGCCCCUACACACAUCGAAAUGCGACAAUCAAGGAAGCUUGUGGGCACAAAGACUUUUACUUGGAGGAGAAGGAAGGGAAUUAUACGCUGUCUACCACACAUGUUUACUGGCAUCAGUGUCAAGGCCAGAUGUUCCUGACAAAGCGCAAAUUCUGCUACUUUGUUGUAUGGACCACAAAGGAUAGUGUAGUUAUCAAGAUUGAACGAGAUGAAUCUUGGGAGCACAAUAUUACUAUCUUGAGUGAUUUUUACUUUCAUCAACUAUUCCCAAAGAUUACCGAGGGAGAACUUUGAAAAGUGGUGCACAGAUGCUGGACAUAAUCAGAGUGGGGGGGGGAGUGGGAGCUAAUGUAAAUAGGCAGUAGCUAAUGUUAAAAGGUAUUUUUUUAAAUUUCAUACAUUAAUUUCUUAAUAUAACAUUACAUAUUCUACACUCAGAUAGAGACACAAGAUAAAGAACCCACAUUUUUCCAUUUAGCAUAGUAACUUAAUAAUAAAUUACAUUCUUCCUGAAA